CUCUCCAUCCAUCUCUCCGUAUCGUGUGACUGCAGGUUAUCGUCUCCCAGAGUUGAGUCUGAAAGGCGCGGCCGCGGCCGACCUUCCCUCCGAGAGAAGCCUCCUCUACUCCUCUUCAAGGUCUGCGUGCUGGAGGACUCUCCGACAGACAAGCUGUCUAACAAAGUGUUUCUGAAGUCGCGGGCGCGAGACCUGCCGUGUCCCCGCGGGCUGACGGAGGAGGACUUCCUGUCCCUGCUGCGCUCCAGCUUCCCCCAGCUCGCCGGAGACGACAAAACCUUCGUCAUCUUCAAGUCGGACCGCAGCCGCAGACUCCAGAGACUCAAAGUGAAGAAGAUGACGCCGGAGAAUGUCAUCAGGGUCACCAAGUUCCUCUACAUCCGACUCAAGACAGGAGAGGAAGAAGAAGAAGAGGAAGAAGAAGAGGAAGAAGAAGGAGAAGAAGAAGGAGAGGAAGGAGAAAAAGAAGAAGGAGGAGGAGAAGAAGAGGGGGAAGAUCUUAACCUUUCAUGGAGCACCGAUGGCGCCCCGACUGAUUCUCUGUCCGCUGCUGCUGAGGGGAUAAAAAGUGAUAAAACCCGCCGCCAUUCAAGCGCUGUUCAGCAGGACGCGGAGACGGAGGACGCCGAGGACCGGCUGGACUCUGACGGAGACGAGGCGUUGGACGGAGACGACGACGACGACGACUGGAAACCCGACAGCGAAGCCGAGCCGCGGACGUCGAAGCCGCCGCUGCCGGCACCGCGCAGGAAGCGCCGGGCCGGCCACCCGUGUGGCGUGGAGGGGAAGCUGAUCGAGCGCAAAACGGCGUAAAGUCUGCGGCGUUUGGUACCGGCUGACGGGCAGUCUGAUCAAACACGCGUGGAGCCACGCCGAGGACUCUCCCUCGCCGCCGCACGUCUGCGCCGUGUGCGGCGAGAAUUUCG